UUUAAGACAAUUAAACUGAUGACUGUUGUGUACAUUUUCUGAAUCAUUUUAAAGAGUUAAUCACUUUCAAAACAUAAUGAUAAUGCAUUUCUAACAAUAUAAAAGAAUCUAUUAUGCUUUAAUUAACCAACUAUUACAAACUAGAAGAAAUGUUUACUUUUGUGGGCGUUGCAAUCGCUCUUUUGGCUACCCUUUUCGCCUAUUUCAAAUGGACCUACAAAUACUGGGAAAGACGCAACCUUCAAUACCUUGAACCUAAAAUUCCGUACGGAAACGGAACCGGUCCUUUUAAACGAACAGAAAAUGCCGGUUUUCGGUUCAAACGCCAAUACGAGGAACUGAAAUCAAGGGGGUGGAAACACGGGGGUUUGUACUCAAUCCUCAACCCCAUUUACCUAGUCGCCGAUUUAGACUACAUCAAAAAUAUUAUGACCAAAGACUUCCACUACUUUACAGACCGUGGGAUUUACUAUAACGAAAAGAACGAUCCUCUUAGUGCCCAUUUGUUUGCUCUUGGAGGCCCCAAGUGGCGGCAUUUGAGAACCAAACUAAGCCCAACUUUCACAUCCGGCAAAAUGAAACAAAUGUUUCAGACUUUGGUCGAUUGUGUUCCACAGUUGUUGCAACAGAUUGAUAAAAAUGUACCAGUUGAUAUUAAAGAAGUGUUAGGGUGUUUUACCACUGAUAUAAUCGGGUCGUGUGCUUUUGGACUGGAAUGCAAGACUUUCGAAGAUGAAAACUCUCCGUUCAGAGAGUAUGGGCGAAAAUUUUUCCAAGUGUCCAACUUAAAAAUUGCGAAAUUUUUGUUUUCGGGUAAUUUUCCCAAUGUAGCACGAACGCUAGGAGUGACGAUCACGUCAAAGGACGUUUCAGAUUUCUUUAUCUCAGUGGUGGAAGACACAGUAAAAUAUCGCGAAAAGCACAAUUUGGUCCGCAAAGACUUCAUGCAACUGCUCAUCGAUUUGAAAAAUACUGAGAAAGAACAAAUGUUAACUAUUGAAGAAUUGGCAGCCCAGUGCUUCGUUUUUUUCAUUGCUGGGUUUGAAACAUCUUCAACAACUAUGACUUUUGCUUUAUUCGAACUGGCCAAACGACCCGAUUUGCAGCAACAAGUUCGUGACGAAAUUGAAACGGUUUUGGCCAAACAUGGAAAUAUCACUUACGAUGCCAUUCAAGACUUGAAGUUUAUGGACCAAGUGAUAGACGAGACAUUGCGGAUGUACCCUCCAGUUCCCGUACUUACACGAAAGUGUGUUAAGGAUUACAAAAUCCCAGACCAGGAUGUGAUCAUCCAAAAAGGAACCAGAGUCUUUAUCCCGGUUCUUGGCAUCCACUAUGAUUCUGAUUUGUACCCAAAUCCGAGUCAAUUUGACCCAGAUCGGUUCAGUGAAGAGAAGAAAAAAUCAAGGCAUGGGUAUGCCCACUUGCCGUUUGGUGAAGGACCCAGAAUUUGCAUCGGUAUGCGGUUCGGGUUAAUGCAAACCAAGGUUGGCCUCACUGCUUUAUUAAAAAAUUACAAGUUUUCGGUAAAUAGUAAGACCCAAACACCCUUGAAAAUGAAACCCAAUUCGUUUAUUUUGGCCGCAGAGGGAGACGUGUGGUUGAAUGCGCAAAAAGUUUAGUUUAAGUUGCAGAUGUAGGAAGAAUAGACGAUGUUACUCA